AACAAACACAACAACUAAUAUAAACAACAACUAACCGCAAAAAGCCAACCGCAACAACAAGCCACAAUCGGCGAAAUCAUCAACACUGGCGCGACAGUCCGGCCCUUCCAGGCUGCCCAGCGGCCAGACGAGUGAGAGGGAAAGAGACACAGAGAGAGAGAGGGAGAUAGAUUCGUUCGUGUCAGUUGCAAUUUUGACAACGCCAACGAACCGCAAACACCCGCGCAAAAGUCAUGACAACUGCUGCAGCAUCAGCUCCUGCUACGGCCACGCCUGCGCCGCCCCCUCCUCAAGCUAAGUCGCUAAAUGCGCUACUGCACUUGCCCGCAGAGAUGGAGUUGAGCCAAAUUGAGUUGAUCUAUCGGGCGGAGGGUAAUGCAAAUUUGGUCCUGGCAUUGCCGCAAUUUAAAAAAGUUUUACGUUUGCCAAAAAUGAUAUCCAGCAGCAGCAGCAGCAGCAGUUGCUGCCAGCCGACCAGCGCAGACCAAACGGAAGGACGGCAACCCAGCGUUUCCGACCCAAGCGAAGCAUCAAGCUCAAAAGCUGGCGUCUUGACAAUGCCCGAUUUUAUGGCUUAUAUCGAGAUAAUGCGCCGUCUAUUAGGAAAUGAGUUUGUCUGUGCAGCGGAUAUUGUUGCCAUACCAAAGGAAAGCGAUAGAUGCUGGAUAAACGAGCACAUACGCAGGCACAGGCCGGUUGCGCGUCUGGAUAAGGAAUUUGUGGGGCCAUUCGGUCUGCUGCUGCCAGAUGUGACCCAAUUGCCUGCCACAUUCGAUGUUUUACUUGCCAAUUUACAGGCAAAGGACAUGAACAUGGACACGGACAUGGAUGCGGACAUCUGCAGCAGCAGCAGUGGCAGCAGCAGCAGCAGCAGCUGCGGAGUGCGCCGUCUGGGCGAUACAUAUGCCAUCGAAAUAAAACCGAAACAGGGCUGGCUCCAGUUGCCAAGUGAUGUCAGCGAUUUAUUUGAUUUAAUGCCAACGGGCGACGGCACAAUGGACACGACCUGCGAACCUGAACCACAGCCUGAACCCGAAGCUGAACCUGAGCCCAAGCCGGAAGAGGCAGGCGAAUCGAAGACGAAGGUGCGACCAACGGUUGAUUUGACAUUAAAGCCAGACAAAUGCAGGUGUCGCUAUUGCAGCAUGCAGGUGGUAAAGCUGCAAACGGGCAAAAUCAGACGCUUGGGCAAAUAUUGUCCAUUGCAAUUGUUCUCCGGCGCUGCUGGUCGUAUGUUCGAUGCCUUGAAUGCACUUUUCGCUUGUCCGCAAAAUAAUUUACGUGUAUUUCAGAGCGGGAAUUUAAUUUAUGGCGAUCACGCGAAUUCGAUUUCCUGCGAGCAGCUGCAGACUCAACUCUUUCCAGGUGAAAUUAUGGCGCUUAUAAAACAUUUGUUGGUCGCCUGCCUGCUAAGGGAAUACAGCAAGGAGGAGGAGGAGCAGCAGCAGCAGCAGAAGACAGCCAAUGAAAGCCGCAGCCACGUGGCUGCUGCUGGUGCUGCAUUUGGGAAAUCGACAUUCAAACGUUGUGGCAUGAAGACAAAGCCAACAGAAACUAUUGAAAUUGGCAGGGCAAAGCACGUAGAGAAGCAGCUGGAUCAGCAGCAGGACGCGCCGAAGGAGCCGUGCAUAGUUGACUUUGUCAAAGCUGUUGCCGGCCAGCCGCAGCGGCGAACAGCUGCUGAAACAGCGAGCCCAAGGUACACAAAGCGCACCAAAAUGGCAACAGCAACACAAACACAAACAACAACAACAACAACGACGACGACGACAAUGUCAGCGAAUGUGGCAACACGAAUAGAAAUGGAAACGGAAUCGGAAACGGAAACAACGUCGACAGCGCUGGCUGCGCUGAACCCAAGGCCGCAACUUGUCUCCGCUCCCUUGGCGCCCUCACCCAUGCCGUGCGAGACUGAAGCACGGAUCAGCAAAGCGGAAAUAUUUCACUUACCCAAAAAUUGUGUUUUGCAAAAAAUUUUGCAUUUGCAAUUGUUGGUCAAGCGACAUUUUCAUUAUAUGUGGGCGCACGGCUACGCCCAGCACGGCACGCCCAGCUAUGGGGCGCUGCGGGCGCUCCUCGGCAGCUGUCAGCAGGACAAUGUGCAGGAGCUGCCAGCGGAGCAGGCUUAUAUGCUAGGCGCCACAGCGCUCGAUUGUUCCAUAAUGCUGACAUUUCAGGAAGUACAAUGUCAGGUGAGACAUCACAGUGCUUUGCAGCCUUGGCUCAUCACGCUGCAGGGACGCCACUUUCUGACCAAGCUAAGCAUUCUCGAUCUGGAUCCGAAGCCCGACAGUCACUUUCACAAAUACAUAAAGCAAACGCGCCAAAUUAAAAAGGCGUGCGUCGCCUUUAACUAAUUAAUAAAGUCGCCACGCGAAGCUAAACAGAAUCACUAACAAAUCAGCAGCGCACAAAACUGUGCUACACUUUUUUCCCUUAGACUAAGAGCCUAUUGUCGGUGUAGAGAACUUCUUUAUAUGUAUGAGGGCAUUUCAAAUGCCGCCUUGCCAGCUGGUGUCAUGAGCGUGGCUGGUUUUUGCUGUUAGCCUGUUUGGCGCGCCCCGCGCCAAUGUUUUUAGCCGCGCAGCGUGGCCUGCGCUGUCUUUU